CAAAGCCUAUAAUUUUCGGUCGUCGAAGUCUUUUUAUUAUUAUUAAUAUUUUUUUAUUUUAUUUGAAACGAUCAUAAAGAGAAAUUCAACUAGAGUUGUAUCUAGAAAUAUGAAGUUGCCCCUGAUGCCUUGCGGAAUCUACAAGCAGCAGCGUUGCCGAAGAUUUCUUCAAUUCAACUGAGUACAACUGGCUCAUUCAUUUUUCUCAGUUGCUCUUCGUAUUUUUACAUAUGCUUGACAUAGAUCUGAAUAACCUCUGGCUGGAUAGUUCGACAGAUUGAUAGCUAGCAUGGCAAGUACUCCAGUUGGCUCUAAUGCACUUAUUCUGGAAGUUCUUGACCGUAGUAACUAUGAACAUUGGAGAUCGCGAUUGAAAUCUUAUUUGUUAGCUGAAGAUCUCUGGGAGGCUGUCGAAGCAAUUGUGGAACCUCCAAAACUUGAAGAUGAUCAAACUGAUUAUAAGGCCUGGACCAAAAAGAAUGCCAAGGCUUUGUACGCAAUCCAAAAUACAUGCGGGAGAGAGCUGUUCUCUUUUAUAAGUAAAAUUGAGACAGCCAAAAGUGCCUGGGAUGCUUUGGAACAAGAGUGCAAAGUUAUGCAAGGAUAUGAUGAGAACAAUGCCGACCACUUAGUGCGCUAUAAAUCGUUCAUAGAAUCAGUGAGCAGUGGUGAUUGGGAUAAGGCAAAGAAGUGUCUUGGAGAAGUUGAUAUGCGUAGUGUAGUAGUAGUAAGGGCAGUAGAUGGAGACGAAGAAAUAGCUCUUCAUGUAGCAGCCAAGGAAGGGCAUGUGCACAUCGUGAGAAAGUUGGUGCAUUUGAUGACAGAUGAAGAUUUAAAAACAAAAACCGCUCGUGGACGUCGCACAGCUCUUCACGUAGCAGCAUGGAAGGGGCAUGUGCAUGUUGUGAAAGAGUUACCGGUGCCGUUGAUGGGAGAAGUACAAGACCGGGAAGGUGACACAGCUCUUCAUAUCGCAGUCCAGGAAGGGAAGGUCGAUAUUGUUAAAGAGUUGGUGCUGUUGAUGAGACAAGAAGACUUGAAAAUAAAAAAUGAUGCUGGUUACACAGCUCUUCACCUAGCAGUUAAUAAGGGGAAUGUGCCUAUGGUCAAAGAGUUCGUGAGAAAAGAAAAAGGUGAGAGUAGUAUUGACAACGACAACUUUGAGCAUUAUAUACCGUUUAUCACCUGUGUGAUAAGUGGUGAUUGGGAUCAGGCAAAUGAGUGUUUAAAAGAACUAGAUGAUCCAUGUGGUGCAGUAACAGCAGUAGAUCCAAGAAACAACCUUCGAAAUACUGCUCUUCACGUAGCAGCCCAGAAAGGGCAUGUGGAUGUUACCAAAGGAUUGCUGUUGUUGCUGAAAAUGAGACAAGAAGAUUUGGAAUUGAAAACCACUGAGGAUUUCACAAAUUUUGGUUCUGGUAUAACUUUAGGGAUCAGUGAAGAAUUCCUCAUGGAAAGGGCCAAAUACAUGGUUGAACAGUAUGAGAAAACACUUGGCAGCUGUUUGGAGAUGCAAAACGCUAAAGGUUUCACAGCUCUUCACCUAGCAAUACUGCAGGGGAAUGGGAACAUCGUGAAAGAGUUGGUACCAUUAAUGAAAAAAGAAGGUUUAGAAAUAAAAGACGCUAAUGGAAAGACAGCUCUUAACAUCGCAAUCUCAAAACGGCAUGUGGAUAUAGCGAAGGAGUUGCUGCAAUCGAUGAGACCAGAGGCUUUGGAAGAAAAAGACAAUCAAGGUUUUACAGCUUUGAGUUUGGCUGUUCAAUGUUUCAAGGAUGGAGAAGUUUGCGAAAUGGCUAAAUACAUGGCUGAGAAAGAUGAUAAAGUAUUCGGCAUACCCUCGCCGGGCGGUGAUGAUAUUCCAGUUGUCAGAGCUUUUCGUGGGGGUAAAAGGAAAUUGGCUCGCUCUAUCUAUUCUGUCACUCCACUUGAAGCUCUCAAGGGACCCAAUGGGAGUUUAGUUAUUUGCUUAUGUCUCGAUGCUAGCAACACGAUUGAUUUGGCAUGGCACUUGCUUCAACGUUGUCCAAAUUUGGCUUUCACUAUCACCAAACCUCCUCAAUCUACUCCUAUGAUGAAAUUGGCUCGCAUGCAUUUUGCAUUCUUAAGUGGAACACGACUCACACGUUGGCAGAGAUUGCUUUAUGAUUGUAUAUACAUACGAGAAGUUGUUCAUGUUAACAUUCCUGAUAUAUCUAUACAUGUUGCCGAAUCAAUAGAAGAUCAUAGCAAUGAAAGGGAUUUCAUUUCCUCAGUGAUGAGUUUAUAUAGAAGAUUUGCUGAAAGCCCCUACAUAUUUUGCGGAAUCCAUGGUAUAUAUCAAAUGAAAUCGACACAUAAAUGGAUCUUUCAAUUUCUACAUUGCAUGGGUGAAGCGACAAGAAUUUAUAAUCUCACAGCAGAUCAACUUGACAUGGUGAAAAAAUCAAUCUUCACUGCUAUAGAACAAGGGCAUCAUGAGUUUGUUACUCAACUGUGUGAAGUAAAUCCAAAACUACUAUGGGACACUUGUGAUGAAAGUGGGAUGACUAUAUUUCAUUUUGCCAUUCGAUAUCGACAAGAAGAGGUUUUUAAUCUUAUAUAUGGGCUUGAAGAAGAAAAGCAAAAUGACAUUGGAAUUCGUCUAGUAAACUCUGACAAAAGUAUGCUACAUUUUGCCGCCGAUUUAUUCUUAGUUCCAUAUCUUGAUCAUAUUCAAGAUGCAAGUUUGCAAAUGCAAAGAGAACUACAAUGGUUUAAGAAGGUGGAAAGUGUUGUACCUCCCGAAAUGCAUGAAUAUCGAAAUCGUUUUGACGGUUUAACAGCACGUGAACUAUUUACCAAGAAUCACAAGAAAUUGAUAGAGGAUGCAGAAAAUUCAACAAAAGGAACAGCAACUUCUUGUACAGUUGUAGGUGCUCUUAUUAUUACAAUGAUGUUUGCUGCAGCUUUCACAGUUCCUGGUGGAAAUGAUGGUAACACAGGCCUUCCUUUGUUUCUAGAUCACAAGUUGUUCAACGUUUUUAUAGUUUCAGAUACUAUAUCACUUGUUUCUUCUACAAGUUCAGUAAUUACAUUCUUGGGAAUACUCACCUCACGUUAUGCAGAAGAUGAUUUCCUCAAAUCUUUACCCACAAAGAUGAUGAUCGGCCUAAUCACCCUGUUUUUCUCUAUUUCCAGCAUGAUGAUUGCAUUUUCUUGCGCGCUUAUCAUUAUGCUUGACAGAAAAGCAUGGAUUAUUACACUAAGUAUUUUGUUUACUAGUUUUCCAGUCAUAUUAUUUGUAUGGUCGUUGUUUCCCCUCCUUAUCAAGAUUUUCUUGUCUACUUAUAGAUCAGGAAUGUUUGACAAAAGAAAAAAAAAGUCAAAUCAUGAUUUAAAUAUAUGAUACUAUCUUUGUUUUUUAUUUAACAUUGUUGUACCUUAGGUUUCAUGUAGUAUGUUAUGUGAACCUCUAAUAGUAGUUAUGUUACUGAUUGGGGACAUUGAACAUGUAAUUUUUUUACUCGAGUUAUCAUUGAUUUACUAAUUACUACUCCUUUAUAGAGUAUUACGUAUUCUAUUCUAUUUUACUAAUUAAUCCACAGAUUCAAUUUCAAUUUUGCCCCUUAAAAAUUGAAAAAAAAGAAUAAGAUGAAGAGUUAGAAAGAUAAAACCCUCAGUGCGGCAAGAAAGGAGGUGAUGACUAAGUCGGUUAUGCAAUCGAUACCUACUUAUGUUAUGAGUUGUUUUCAGUUACCAAAACAUCUUUGCUAGGAGAUGCAUAGGUGUAUGGCAGAGUUUUGGUGGGGCUGAUUCUGAGAAGGAUAAGAAGAUUCAUUGGCUUUCGUGGGUUUCAAAAGAAUCAAAAUAUGGUGGCUUUCAAUCAUGCUCUCUUAGCAAAUUAAGCAAGGCUGGGGGUUGAUGAGGUACCCGGAUUCCCUGCUAGCUAAAACCCUUAAAGCUAAAUACUACCCCUAUUCAGAUUUUAUGCAUGCGUAUGCUAACCCGGGAGACUCUUA